CGCACGGUUCUCUCUGCCAGAAGCAGGCCUGCGUCCACCGGAGCUGACGCGAGCUUCGCCGCUCUUGGCGCGCGACUAAAGUGCAUCAACGCCAUCCAAAUUCGUGCUGAGAGGGGAAACAACUCUGGCAAGUCCUUCCACCACAUACUAUGAUCUCAGGGGAUGGAGAAUACCAUCUGAAGUGUCACAGAAAAGACUGAAGACAGACAUAAGACGCCGCAUCCCGUCUCCUUCCUCAAAGUAUUCUCCGGCUUCGGAAGCGUAUCCUCCACGGCAGCCGCCUGACUCUAUGUCCCGCACGGACUACCCGCCGCGAGAACGCAGACCCUGAGGUCGCCGCUGGAGUGUCAGAGUUCAGGGGGUUGCGCUCGGGCUGAGGGAUAGCGCCCAGAUCUCGUCUCCCGUUUCAGAAUGUUGUUCAUCGAUCCCCACUGCAUCGCAUUAUAAUGCGCAAAUGGAUGCUGACAUGGAACCUUCCAAAUCUGUUCUCGGGACUCUACCUGCAUGCCGUCUUCCUAUUCGGCAGCGUGUGUGUGGUCUACAGUGACUGCACCCCGGCGCAACUCGCUGCUAUCGUGAACUGUUCGAGGCUAGAGCGGCACACUAGGAAUUACGACUACAUGGAGGGAGGAGAUGUGCGGAUCCGGCAGCUGUUCAGCCGGACCCAGUGGUUCCUGACCAUUGAUGAUGACGGCAAUAUCAAUGGGACGCAAGACCCGACCAACUGUUACAGCAUCCUCGAGAUCAGGACGGUGUCCGAGGGGGGCAUUCUGGCUAUCAAAGGCAUCAAGAGUCAGCAUUACAUCUCCAUGAGCAAAGGUGGACAGCUGCAAGGAAAGAGGACCUACAACGAAAACUGCAACUUCAAGGAGGUUUUCCUAGAAAACUACUUCAACGCCUACUCCUCGGCAAGGUGGACUAAAAACGGCAAAGAAAUGUUCAUAGCGCUGUCGCAGAAGGGGCGGCCCGUGCGAGGGAAGAAGACGAGGAGGGAGCACGUGGCGUCGCACUUCAUCCCCAUGAAAUGCAGGGAUGAGGAGAGGAGGCCGGAAUGACACAGAAGACCCAAUAAGUGUAUGAUUUCAGUUACCAAAUAUGUUAACGGACAUAUAAACUCAUCAACAACUACACAACUCUCUUCUCAAGGCUUUGCAUUUUGUGUGACCGAAUCGUUGCUUAGCAUGCGGCCCGACAAUCCACAUCGAAGCAGCGUUGAGAGAUUGACGCCUGACUAAAAGUUCUGUCCCUGACAGCAGUUUAGAGUCAGUACGAGAACCUUCAACGAUUUAUGCCGCCCGUUGGCAAGAUGAGGCAAGAAUGGAGCGGGAGAAUCAGAACCUCCAAAUCCGAGACUGUGGUCCUCAGACGGAAAAGGGUGCCGUGCCCUCUCCGGGUCGGGGAUGAGACCCUUCCCCAAGUGGAGGAGUUCAAGUAUCUUGGGGUCUUGUUCACGAGUGGGGGAUGAAUGGAGCGGGAGAUCGACAGACAGCGGUGCAGCGUCUGUAGUGAUGCAGAAUUUGUAUCGGUCCGUUAUGGUAAAGAGGGAGCUAAGUUGAAAGGUGAAGCUCUCAAUUUACCAGUCGAUCUACGUUCCUACCCUCACCUAUGGGCACG